UGAAGCGAGUGUAUCUGUCUUAGAUAAAGAGUCAGUAUCUCCGUCCUCAAACUCUCAUCUCAGACAGCAUUAGAAGACCAAAAAACCCAAAACCAGCGAUUCAACAAACAAACAAACACCAUAAACCAGUUUGCAACAUCAAAAAGACAUGACCUGGCACGCCCAACUUGCGUUGGUGCUGGCUCUGGUCUGCCCAGCGGCCGCCUCGUGCUCCGGCAAGUCAGACGCCUGCUCCUCUAACCCAAUCCCACUGAGGCAAUUCAACGCCCUCAACUACCAGGCCGAUACGUGCAACCUCAAGUGGAACCGCGGCUGCACCAGCCUGGACAAGCACGGCGUGCUGCAGCAGAAGCCGCCGCCGUACUCGUUAUGCAACUCGGGGCACCAGCCGGCCGGGCUGAUACCCGUCGACGCCUACACGCUGUCGCUGCAGAACAACAACUUCGCACCGGGCUCGGCCAAAUGGACGCUGCACGGUCUAUGGCCUGGGUCGGUUGACGGCACUGGCGGAAAGAACCAGCCCUACGGCUGCCUGAACGGCGAGGGCUUCAACGAGACAAUUCUUACGACCUUUGACGGCCUGCUCAACUACUUCUGGCCGACAAACGCAAAGUUCAACAACACGAUGCAAUGCUUCAUCCUGUCCGAAUGGAUGAAGCACGGCACCUGCGCAGUAAUCCCCGGCGCUGACGGCACCGCUUUCCGGCUGCCGCAGGAGGACUAUUUCCGCACCGCGUUUGUAAUCGCCAACGAGUUCAAUGAAAGCCCGACGCUGCGCAACCAGCUGCUGGAAAAAGUGAAGCUGGACGACGUAGAGCCGCUCAUUAGCACCCGCUGCGUGCAGUGCGCGUAUCUGGCAACGGUGGGCUGGACAGGCACCGAUGUGGCGAGCGUGCCGCGCAUGUCAGGCGACUGCAUUGACCAGUGCUUUGAGUGCGGUGACUUCUGGGACACAUGCCCGCCGGCUCAGCUGGAAAGCACCGUGAUGCUGAACUCGAGCAAUGCGCCGCGGGAGAAGAGGGACAGCAGCAGUACCAGCAAUGCAACUGCAAGCUUCCCGCUGCUGGAAUUUGCCAUGCCGGCCUUCAUGAGCAGUGAAAACACCUCCCCCUGGGAGGGCACCUGGCGCUCGUUUGGCGCCGAGGAGGGCGGGUCCGGCAAGUUCGAGUUCGCGCAGACCUUUACUGACAACGUCCUGACCGUCACCACUGACAGCCCAUACCCCCGGACGUGCACCUACGAGCGGCGCGGCCCCAAGGAGCUUGUCCUACGAUGCGGCGGCGACCAUCUGGAGGACUGCCUGGUGCAGCGGUUGCCGGAUAUUGGCGGGCUCGAGGCGGCCUUUUUGGCAUGCAACCACACUGGGGAGCCGGCGCCGGCGAGCUUCUACGCCGCCAUGGACACAAAAGGGUGCGGCAACUUUCUCAUGUUCCGCUGUAAGGCGUCGGCGGCGGGCUGUUCCUUUUCCCCGGAUGCUAUCUCGGCGUCUGAGCCCAAGACCGAGACCAAGACUGAGCCCGAGUCCGGGUUCGAGUCCGAGUCCAAGCCCAGCCCUGUGAGCCACUUCCAGCCUGGCAUUGCCGGAGCACCCCCCGCGCUGCUGGGCUCGUGGCGCUCACUGCAGGUAUCUAGCGACUAUGAAGAGGGCCUUGCACAAUGGAACUUUACUGCCGACGGCCAGGCGUCGCUGCGGUGGCCAAACUACCCCAACCGCGCCGUGCAGCGCUACUCAGUCUCUCAUUCGGAUGAGGACCCCAGCCUGGUGCUUCUUGCCAGCGCCAGCGGCACUAUCACCACCUGUCGCUUCCAGUUCCAGUACCAGCCGGUGUACUCGUACGCCGUGCUCGACUGCGGAGCGGCAGUAGACAACGAGGAGGUUACACAGGUUACGAAAUGGGCCAUGGGCCGGUGCAACCCGUGCAGCGCCCACUGUCGCUACUCAUGCGGCCCCGAGAACGACUUCUGUGGUGCCGGCUCGUGCGACCCAGCCGAGUCGGUAGAAGCCGCAUCCGUCGAUGCCCUGCCCUCGCUGUUUGACAUUACGCGCGCAACACUCAAAGACGGCCAUGACUGGUGCACGCCCGAAGACUCCGGCUGCUGGCCCACCAAGACGGCCAUCCGCAAGCUGGAACAGGAGCUGGACCCCACAGUGCCCCGGCUCGGCCUCCGGUGGCACAGCUACCCGGACCCGCAGCCGGCGCCGGUACCAAUGGGCUCCAUUGAUAACCAGUCCUUCUACGGCCUCGGUAACGCACCCCAGGGUCUCAAGGCGCUAUACUACUACGAGGACAUCGCCGAGAUGCAGCGCCCAUGUUUCAACCAGGCCGACCCUCCUGCCGUGUAUAACACCGCGUCCGACAUGUGCAAGGCGGCGGUGCACCAAAACGAGUACCGCAACUGGAACCCCUUCAUCGUUGUCUUCCCGCUCAACGAGCGCCAUGUGGUCGCCGCCCUCAACUUUGCCGCGCGGCACCGCCUGUGUAUUGCCACUGCCGGCACCGGCCACGAGUACAACAGCCGCAACUCGUGCCCGACUGGCGGCAUCCUCAUCCGCACAAUCCUGCUCAAGGACAAGACCUUUAUGCCUACCUGGCCCGAGGAUUCGACCUUGGCCCCUGCUGGAGCAUUCCGCUUUGGUGCCGGCUCCACCUUCGCCGAGAUGCACGCCUUCUCAAAAGACUACUCCCGUGUUAUUUCAUCGGGCUGGUGCUCCACCGUCGGCAUGGUCGGCUUCCAUCUCGGGGGCGGUCACGGGCCCUUUGCGCCGUCCAUGGGCCUCGGCGUCGAUAACGUGCUUGAAAUUGAAGUUCUGCAGGUCGGUCGCAACACCUACGGCCAGCCCGUUGUCCACAAGAAGAUCGCCAGUCGCAACCGCAAUCCACAGCUCUUCUGGGCCAUGCGCGGCGGCGGUGGUAGCGUUUGGGGCGUCGUUCUUUCCAUGACAAUCCGCGCCCACCCCGUGCCCGAUGGAGGCCUCAGCCGCGUGUACAUGUCCCAGACCGGCACCUUUUGCCCAGACGACUCGAGUAAGUUUGGCUACCAGUGGCUGCGCGGCAUGUGGACUCGCUUCACCGCGUGGCAGCUGAGCCUCAACCAAAAGGUCAGCACGCAGCCCGGCUUCUUUAUCAACACCACCCUGUACAAUGAGAAGCGCAACCUUUGUUCCGUCACUUGGGAAUUCAAAUUUGAGUACUUCUACGCCGGCGGUCAGGCAGAGCAGGACUACAUUCGAUUCCGCGACGGCCUCAAGGACGUGCUGCAGACGGACACCGUGUGGGAGGACAAUUACAAGUCAGCCUAUGAUUACCUCGUCUCCAUGGCCGCCGACAAGUUUACACUCGUCCCCGUGAACCCGCUGCCGGCGCAGCACCCGCCCUCGGACGUGGCUACAGGCUCUCAGAACUCGGUCCUUGUCUCGCGGCAGGCCUUGAAGACAAAGUUCACCUCGACCAUGAUGGACGUGCUGGACAUCUGCGUUAAGUCCCUGAAGAAUCCUGAUAAGACGUCGCCGGAUGUGUCGGGCUAUCGCUGCGGCUUCCACUACCUCUACACGUCGCUGACGGGCAACCUGGGGAGCACACAGCCUGGCGACACGGCCAUCUCGCCGGGCUUCCGCUCGGCGCUCAUGCUGUGGAAUGCGCGCACCUUGACGACGCAGCAGUCAAAUGACACGGUGUACAAGCUUGGGCCCAACAGCUACUUCUCCGAGAGCUCGUAUGUGAUGCAUAACUGGACGGCGAGGUACUGGGGCGAAAAGGCGUACGAACAGUUGCUGGGCGUGAAGAAGGCGCACGACCCGGGGAAUCAUUUCUGGUGCCAUCACUGUGUUGGGGACAAUCCGGAUGAUGCGUUUGGGGAGCCGUUGGGUGCUGCGGCUCAGGCUGAUUUUGGAGACCAGCCGGAUGCGGCGGCUCAGGCUGAGUUUGUCGAGCAAGAAAAGUUGUAAAGCAGCAGUUGCGUGUUUGGCUGAGUGUGCUGGCCUAAUAUAACCCCUGGCCUUUGCAAAAUAAAGUAUUCUGUAAAAGACUUAGCUGUGCCUCUAGUGGAAGGAAUAAAUACUUGUUGGAUUGCACCAGAUCGAUCACCAAUUGGAUCAAGAUGAAUUGCGACAGAGAAUUGUGCGCUCAUAAAACAACCGGUGCAAAUGCAUGUAAGGGCCGCACGUCACUCGUUCUUUGAGGUGCAUUAGUCUUCGGCCGCGAGACAAGAUUAUGAAGAUAAAGUACUUACCGCUGCUUUUACCAC